GCCGAGCGCGCCCCCCAACACUGAAAACAAAAUCUUAUCUUACCAAAUGCAUGAUAAAAUUAAAAAUUUUGUCUGGGUUUACUCUCGAGUAAACAUACAUGGUAACAUUCCUUGAAAUUUUCGUCGGGGUUUACCCCUAGGUAAACCUGAUCGUAACAUUCCCUAAGGUACACGUUAUUCUCGCCUGUGGGUGGUUUACCCGGAGGUAAACCAGAACAUUCUCUCUAAAUUGACGCGUGUUUCUUUUAACUGGUCUAAUUUACAAUUUAAUAAGUUUGUUGGUUUCAUUUCAGCUCAAAACAUUCCUAAAUUCAAUUUAUUUCUUAUUAAUAUAGUGCAAACUAACCAAGUCGUAAUCUAAAUAAGUAAAUUGUAAGUCAAUCUCGUCCAUCCGGUCACAUACCAAAGUCACCACUUCAAUCAUUGUUUCUAUAACUGUGUAAUUAUCUAACAUCUAAAUUCGUAAAUUCUUCACAAAAUAUUAAUUACGAGUUGAUAUUGCAGUACAGCAUCAUUACUACAGCAGCCAUGAGAAAGAAUAAAAAUAAAGCCACACCAAUACCUCUGCCGAAACAGCCAUUCAAUCAAAUAUGUAAUAAUAUGAAUAAAACGAAUACUAUGGGUAGAAAACGAUCGAAUCCUGUAUACCGAGAAGAAUUCUUUCAAAGAGAUGGAACAGAUCCAAACAUCUAUAUUUGUCAGUGCUAUAAAAAAGUCAAGGAAAAAGACUGUACAAUCGCUGAAAUGGAGGAAGCGUUAGAUGAUCCUAGACCUGGCUCGACUUCUCAAAAUUUUCUUGAAAAAAAAUGUCUCGAAAAAAUCCAGGGUCAGUGGGGACCAACAAACUUGGAGAAACAUAUUGAAAAAAAACAUCCGGAAGAUUUUGAAAAACUUAGAAUAAAGAAAACGAAAAAAAAUUCUGAAACUCCGGCUGGCAGGAGAAAAAUGAAUCCGUUUCUUCUACGUCGCACGAACCACCUAACAAGAAAAUUAAACUAGUCCAAACGAAGCUACCAUCGGCCUCUUUCAAGGUUUUAUCUUUGAGAGUUCUUGUGUCAAUCCAGUAUAUUGAGGAAACCUGUGUAAUGCUCGUCACAGAGGAUGGAAGGCCGUUUAAGGCAGUCGAAGAUAAAGCUUGGCGUCGCAUUUUAAAACCUUAACUAAAAGGGCUUCGAGAGUCUGGCUUCAAGUUGAAAGUAAACCGCAAAAAAGUAGCAAAAUGGGUCUAUGAACGAGCUGCAAAUAUUAGAUGUGCCAUUUCUGAAAAACUAAAAGGUAAAAUGUUCCAUUUGAAAGUAGAUGCAGCUACUCGGCACUAUCGAAGCUUUUUGAGCAUAAACGCUCAAUAUCUCAAUGAUAGUAAUGAAAUUGAAAUUUUAACACUCGGUACUGUUGAACUCCCCGAUGUACAUACAUCUGAGAAUUUAAAAGAAAUUAUCCUAGAAGUUCUGAAAUCGUAUAGUCUUGGCGUUGAUCAGAUCUACGCCUUUGUAAGCGAUAAUGGCGCGAACAUGUUGAAAGCUGGGAGACUGCUAAAUCCGGGUCAAUUAUCAGCCCACCAAGAGGGAGCUGCCACUGCUGAUAAAGAUCGUGACGAUAACAGUGACAGUGACAGUGAUUCGGAUUCUACUACUACCGAUGGCGAUGUUGGACCAUAUUCUAAUUCAGACGAAUGGGGUCAGGGUGUCCACAGGUGACAGGUCUGGAAAACCUGGAAAAGUCAGGGAAUUUGGUCGGUCUGGAAAAGUCAGGGAAUUUCGUAAUUUUCACGCAAAAUCCCUGGAAUUUUGAAAAAACGAAUCAAUUGAAAAUUUUGAAUAAGGGCCUGUGAUGAAAGGAAAACACUGUUUUUCACUUCUCGAAACGCAAAUUUUCAAAAAAGCUUUUGCCCUCGCUUCGCUCGGGCUUGUUUUCUUUUCUCUUUCAAAGACAACAUGAAAAUUUUUAGAUUAUAAAAAUCAAGUUUUUAUGCCAAAAAAUGAACUCCUCACGAAAAAAACAUCGUUUUUAAGCAUCUCGAAUGUAGGUACAUACAAAUUUACAAGAGCUUUCGCCCUCGCUUGGGCCUGUUCUGUUUUCUUUUUCAAAAUCAACUUUUUUCAAAAAAAAAAAAAACAUAAUUCAAAUAUUCUAAAAUUAUUUAAAAGCCAAAAAAAAGCUACUCGUCCUCACAUUAAAAAAACCUCGCUUUUAUGCCUCUCGAAACUCAAAUUCUCAGAGGCUUCCGCCCUCGCUUCGCUCGAGCCUGUUCUCUUUUCUUUUUCAAGAGUACGCUUCCUUCAAAAAAACAUCCAUUCCAAUAUUAAAAUUUUAAAAAACCAAAAAAUAAACACUCUUUGCAUUCAAAAAAAAAAACUCGUUUUCAGGCAUCUUGAAAUGCAAAUUUUCGAAAGUUCUCGCCCUCGCUUCGCUCGGGCCAAUUUGCCUCUCAUUUUAAAAUGAACAAAUUUCACAUUUUGAGGCCUUCAAAAAUCAGAAAAAUUUUCAUAAGUUAUAUGAAUACAUGUAUUUUAUCAAUUGGCCAAACUUGAUGCAUUUUGAAUUAUUAGAAAAGUUAAUAAUCAAAGUUACGCUGUUUUUUAUAUCCGAAGAAGUAUCCAGUUCGAAGAGAAGCUUAUGAAAAAAAAUUACCCCCCCCCCCAAAUGUUUAAUUAAAGUAUGGGGUGAGCAUAGAAAAUUGAGAAAAAUGGUCUGGAAAAAUAGAAAAAUUGGUCUGGAAAACCUGGAAAAAUCAUUUCCAGAAAUGAGUGGACACCCUGGGGGUGAUUUUUCUGUCGAAGAAGAAGUUGUUGAUGAAGCGGUAUAUGACCAAAACAAAAUGAUUGAAGAGUUCCUGAAGUCCGAAGAACUAAAUCUGAAACUUGAUGGCAUGCGGUCAGAAGCAGAUAAUGUUACGUCCAUAAGAUGCGCAGCCCAUACUUUGCAAUUAGGUAUCCAUUUGCGAUGUGUGGAAAAAGCUGUUAAAAAAGAAAACGAAAAAAGCAAAUAAAGGAUCUAAAAGUACAAACUCUGAACCAUCCGCCAACUCUACAGAACAAGAGGAAAACUAAUUUGAAAAAAUCAAUUCGAAUGUACUCAAUAAAGUCCGAGAAAUCAUAAAGAAAUUGAGAACAACGAAUGGUAUUAUUAUGCUUAAAAAGCUCACAACUUUAAAGAUGGUUUUGGAAAAUGACACAAGAUGGGGUAGUACUUACGACAUGCUUGAUAGGUUUCUCACAUUGAAAGAAGAAAUUCAGAACCUAGCUAAGUCGGAUGAUUUGUUUCAUUUAUCAGUAGAAGAAUGGACUGAAGCUGAAAUGAUAAAAGAAAGUCUCAAACCAUGCCGAAUUGCAACCUACAAGUUACAAAAUGAAAAAUGCACGCUUAGAGAUCUUUGUGUUAUUUAUUCUGAAUGAAUCGCAAAAACAAAGAAAAUCGACUUGAAAAAGAAGAGCGACUGAGCAAGCAAUCCUGAAUGAAGCGAGGCCAAAAGCUUUCAAAAAUUCUAUCAUGUUUUGACUUUUGAGAAGUAAACAUAAAAAGGAUUUUUAUGGAGAGGAGUUUAUUUUUCUGAUUCAAACAUUGAACAUAAUUUGAACAAUAAGUUUUAAACUUUCCAUUUUCCCCCGCAUUUCGUUUGUAGGUAAGUUUCUUGGCCCAAAAUGACUUUAUUAUUACGAUCAUCCACAUCAUAUUCAAUCUACAAUGGAAAUGAGACAAUUUUCAAUAGUAAUCCAAUACAUUGGCAACACAAAUAAUUGUAGAGCUAAAAUUAAUUGAAUUGGUGAGAACAGAAAGGCGCUAAGUCCAUUUUCGCAUUUUUCAGGAAUACCUAACAAAAAAGUAGAACUGAUUUAUUCGGAAAUCUAAAAUUUUUUGGUAAACAUGCUCAAGUUAAAUUCAAUCGCUAAAUCAUACGAAAAUAAUGAAAAAUCCUAUAAUGAGUACGAGUAGUAGGUAAAUGAAACUUGGGAAAUGACAGUUUUAUGUUAUGUGCGAUCUGUGGUGUUGAAUUCGCUUAAAACUGUAGUCGAAUCGUCAUUAUGCGAAAAUUUCAUGAUUUCCCAGCAAUUGUUUAAAAAAAUUUGACUAUAUGGUCAUGUAGUAUGUGCCAAUGCGAAGACUCGCCGUUGAAUCUUCGAAAUAACACAACGCAAUGUACAACUGGAAGAGAAAACUUUGUAUUUUGAAGGGAAAAAUUCUUUCUAGUGUUUAUUCAUUGUAUUGCAAUUUCAAAGUUCUUUGUUGUAGUUGUAGAUAUUACAUACGAGUAUCAUUUGCUGCUGAGCAAACUGAGUGUUUUUCAAAACUUCCAAAGAUGGAAUUACCUUACAUGUAGGAUUUUUCUUCGUUUUUUCUUUCUUUUAGUAUGAUUUAGCGAUUGAAUUUGAUAAAAUUACUCAGAACUCAUCUUAUUUAUUGCUUGUGAUUAGAUCAACGAUCAACGAAGUAAAUUUUUACAAGUCCAACAUCGUGAUAAGGAUGGCUGAUUGUUUGGGUACGGGUCGGGGUCUAUGGUCGAGCUCUACGACACACACCAGAUUGCGCGACGCUAGCGCACUCUGGGAAACAUGGUACAUACACAUACGUCGAAUAGAUAGGUAACAUUGACUGUUUGACGAGUUUAUUCAUUGAAAAAUGACACAUGCGUGAGAAAUAAGUAGGUAAAUUUUUGAUCGAUUAGAAUAUUCACAGAUGGAAAUGAUGAGUGAGAUCAGUACGAAGUUAUCAGGAUUUAUCAGUUACCCCUUCACGUCCUGUUACACCCUCUUCACCAGCAUUGGAUAAAAAUAAAUUCGGUUUCGGUAAAACUAGCGCACAGCCCAUGGUGUCACCGUUUCUACUUCCUCUUUGGGCGUGUUUGGAACGUUGGCGUCUGUUCUUUGUGUAUCGAACUAGGGCGUGAUCUAGGCGUUUGCGUUUUUCGGCUUCGGCUUUCCACGCCAGCACGUAGGCGUUUACAAAUUUGUGCGUUGAAUUCGGUUCGUGUUUUGAAUUUAUUUAAGGAUAUUUUCUCGAUAUGUUGCAGCAUCCGAAGAUGAAUGAAAUGUACUGGUAAUUAGUAAUAAAUAGUUGAACGAAAAAUUGAUAAUAAUAUUCGAUUCGAAUGGCCAUAGACGGAUGCGUGUUUAGGUUGCGUUAGCACCUUGUGUGAUUGGCACUGGGCUAUCAGAACCACAUAGCUCGGUAAUAUAAAAUGUAUACGAAAGAUUGCGACAUCGCAGAAUUAUAUUUGACGAGCAAACGAUCAUGUACCCGUAUUAAAUGGAUAUCGGAAACGUAAACUUGGAAACAAACUCUUGUGAUUCAGCGGCCACUUCGUCGUCGAACGAAGACAUUAAACCAGAUAUCACGCAGAGCGAUUCGCUUAAUUAUAACAAUAACGUUAACAAAGAUAAUAUUUCGUCGUCGCCGUUGGCCUUACUGGCAGCUACUUGCACAAAAAUUGGAGGCUCAACGGGUCAGCAAGAACGCGGAGGCAGUCCUUCGGGUAACGGACAGAAUACACAGACCAAAGUGGUCAGCGCACAAGUACCCGGAGCCGGACAUGUGGUUGAGCUGAACCUUCCGGCCGCGUUACUUCAGCAACUGCAAGCACAACAACAGCUGGCUAAUGUCACUUGUAGCCGAGCUGAUUCGAAUGUUACCUCGCAGGUGGCCGGACAACAGCAGGUGAUAACGUUCGCCAAUCUACCCAAUCUGAUACCCAUACAGGCAGCAACGAAUACUCAAAACGUUCAAAAUGACGUUAAACCUAAUCAAACGGUGUUUUCGCUGCAAGGAUUACCUGGUCAGUAUAUCCAGCAGGGUAAUCAGUUCGUUCCUGUAUCGGCGGCCAGCAGUAAUAACGUUAGCUAUAACGUCCUACCCGUACAAACGAUUCAAGUUGAUAACAACGAACAAGUAUCAAUUCCCACCCCGAACAGCAGUAACUCGCAGGCGUCUACUAUUCAAAUUUCGAGCGGGCCUACGACACUGAUAACGCCAUCCGGUCAAAUAAUCAGAACGCCUACCAACGUUCUACCCACCAAUAUCCUACAAAAUGUUACGGCGGCCGGGCAAACGUUACAAUUUCCCACAACUCAUGCUAACGUAUCGGUGCGACCUGCAGCUACGACGCCGCAGGUUAUUCAGUUCCCGCUGCAGCAAACGAUCCCCAUACAAAUACCAAUUUCAACAUCUACCGGACAGACCAUCUAUCAAACGGUGCAUUUUCCAUGUCAAGCGAUCACUACGUCGUUGCCUAACAUUAUGCAAACUUCUUCGUUAGGCCAAGUGCAAAUGUUACCGCAAAUACCUCAGAUCGCUACUACAGCUACUCCUCAAUUCGCUCAGAUACUCACGCCUUCCGGGCAAAUACAAACCGUACAGCUGGCUCACUUUAAUCCGAAUACUUCGGCUGGUAAUCAAGUACAAUUGAUUCAAACCUCGCAACCAGCUACCUCGGUUACGGUGAGCGGUUCGUCCAACGUUUGGACGACUACGGCGAACAGUACGAGUGCCACUAGCACAACGUCGGCUACCAAUACGUCCUUCCAAACUGUCCAGAUACCGAAUAGCGUCAACGUGAACGGUAACGCCACCAUAACCAAUACUCAGUCUUCCAACAUGCAACCUGUGCAAAUCAUAACGCAGCCUCAGCUACCGCAGCAGAUCACUUUGACCACUGGUAACCAACCGCAACAAGUUACGAUUAUUCCGGCCUCCAGUUUAUCGAAUAUUCUACAAAAUAAUGCCAAUUCUACCAAUACGACGAAUAAUAAUAACAACCUAGUCCAAGUACCCAACAUACAGACAAUAAAUAUACCAGGAAUAGGACCAGUUCAGGUGAUCCCCGCGCCACAGCUAUCUAAUCCGACCAAUAUAACGACCUCGACUCAACCAACGUUUUUACAAAACAUACCUCAAAAUCUACAAGUGAUCGCGCCAACCAUACAGCAAGUUCAGCCGGACAUCGAACGUAAUUCCAAAAUACGUAUAAUCAAAUUCGAAACAUUCAACCAAUCUCCGUCACCGGCCACACCAUCGUCUCCGGCCGUCGAAGAAGACUCUGGUGACGAAAAAAGACGCGUCAAACGAGUCGCCUGUACGUGUCCGAAUUGCCGCGAGGGAGGCGAAAGAUUGAGUGGUAAAAAAGUUCACGUCUGCCAUAUCCCGGGUUGUAAUAAAGUAUACGGUAAAACUUCUCAUUUACGUGCUCAUUUACGAUGGCAUACCGGAGAACGUCCUUUCGUCUGUAACUGGCCUUACUGCGGUAAACGUUUCACCAGAUCUGACGAGCUCCAAAGGCACAAUCGAACUCAUACCGGAGAAAAACGCUUCGAGUGUCCUGAGUGUACCAAGAAAUUCAUGCGCAGCGAUCACUUACAGAAACAUAUACGAACUCAUCAAAAACGUAUCGACUCUUCGGUCAAGCAUUUCGACAACAACAUACAACAUUCGUCCAGCGAUGAUUUAAAUCUUGUUGUGAAAACCGUAGGUGCAUUUAUGCAGCAACAAGAAGUAGCCACAUCCACUCAAUCUAUUUUACCCGACGAUGGAACUUCGUCAGGUGAAGAGAACUUCAUCACGAUUCAAACCGAAUCCGUUGAAUCGUCUUCGUUGAUCGUUGACGCGAAUAUGGAAUCGUCGUCGCCCGGUUGAACUUGCCCAGUAUUUUUUAUACUAGUCAGCUUGGUAUUCUUGUUUUUCAAAUUCAAAUUUUUCUUUUCUAACGGGUGUUUCAUUAUGACUUUGUAAUUAAUCACAUGUAUUUUUAGUUCUCCACGUAAUUGUACGUCAGUUUUUAUUUUGGUAUUUUUUUUAUUUACGUAUGUGUUGUUUUUUUUUUCUAAUGUUGUAUAAUGAAUGUAUUGUAAUUUUUGUACAUUAUUGAUUAUGUUAGUUGUCCAGGGGCUAAGAUUGAUUGCAUCGAGUGACGAAUCCCUUGUAUUAGAGAAUAAUUUCAUUUCAGAAUGUUGAGGUCAUCUCAAAAAGUACAUUCAUUCGAAGCUCACGCACAAGUAUUAUUACCUACGGGAAAAGUAAAGAAUUUCGUUUCAAAUACUCUUAUCUAAAUUGUUCCUUCUAUCAAAAUAUUUCACCGUGAAUUAUCUACUAGUUCAAUGUGUUCAAAAAUUGAUCACUAAAACGAAUUAUUGAAUUAUCCUGUAAAAACUUCCAAUUCCUGAAAAUUUACAUUUUAAAACUAAGGAAGAAGUAAUUUUAUUCAAAUAAAUGAAGAAAUAGUAGAAUAUUUUUUUUUAGAGAAUAAUACUUUAAGUUACCUAUACUCGUGAUUUCAUUUAUAUGUAUUUUAAUUGAAUAAUUAUUGUUACGUUUCUGUUUUCCUUUACAAUUUUUUUCUUUUUUGAUAAGUAAUUUCUUUUUUUUUUUUUUGAUUUGAAUCAAAAGCAUAAUCAAGUUUUAUGGUUGAUUUGAGUACCUAAUAUUGUUUUUCAGGGGUUUCAUUAUUAUAUUUUGUACGCUGUUGAUUUCCACUUUUUAAAACUUUUGUAUUCGUUGAUGUAUUAUUCACUUUUUUUUUAAAACUUUUGAUAAAUUUGAUUUUUAACGUGUCGACAUUCUGUUGUGCUGGGCAUAUAGAUUUUUUUCCCCCGUUUUAAUCAUCGAAUUGUAAAAUGAUCAAGUAUUAUUUUCGAAUUUUAUUCAUUUACUGUAGUAAUUUUUUUCUUUUAUCAGUAUCCGUACUAGUCUUAUGUGGUCAUACUGUGUUAAUCUAGGACAUGCCAUUGCCAUUGCAUAAUAUUAAAUCAACUUAUAUCAAAGAAAAGUUUGUUGUGAUUUUUCUGUGUAAAAUAGGAGGAGAUUUAUAAUUUUUUCAACUUCCAAUUAAUGUUUUAUUUUAUUAUUUUUCAAUUCAAAUGUGUCUUUUCUCUAUCUUUUUUUAAAGUAAUUUUUUUUUUUGAUCGAUGGUUUUCCCUUUUUUUGUGCAAAUAUGGAACAUUGUGUAUUUAAUGUAAAUUUUAAUUAUGUUUCAAGUUUAGAAGUUUUAGAUAAAUAAAUGUUGUUCGCUAUUUUAUUGUUUGUUUUCAAAAAGGUAAGAGGGAUAAUGACGUUGAAAAAUGGGAUUCCGGGUCUUAAUCGUACAAGUAUUGAUUAAUUUUUUUUAAAAAUAACCAUCGAGCAAUAUGAUUUUAUGGUUGAAAAAUUUUUCCAUUAUUACUUUUUUCGAAAUUUAAUCGAUAACAGGAGUGAUAACAUUGAAAAAUUCAUAUUAUCCUUGUUUAGAAACUAAGCAACGAAAUUUAUCCAAAAUUGGGCUCUUUUGUAAUUUUAUGUAUAAUUUCCUAUCGGUACUUGUUCAACCAGUAGGAAUUUUCUUUGUUAUUGCCAUCAUACCUAUAUACCAUUUUUAUUUGUAUUUCUUAUAAUUAAUAUUUAAAUUUGUGUCGUUUAUUUUUGAUUUUCCUUCUU